UUAGCUGGCGCUCCAGGAUGUUGUGGUAUGUCGUUUUUGGAGCCUUCCGGGCCUCUCAUGCCAUAUGGGAUGGAGCAUUUGUGAACCGAGCUAUGAUCACGUGCUGCUUGGUUCAUGCCGAGUCACACUCCGCUUGAGAGAUUCUUUGCCAGGAGUGGCAAGCGAUUGGCCAAUGGCGUCCGCCGAGGUACCCAACAGCGGACGCCAAACGAGGAAAGCACACAACGCAACCUGGAGAGUUCUGGGCACCCCUUCUCCGUUACGAGCCACGGUCAGCCCGUUACCAGAUGCAUUGACCAACGUUUGGAGCGUAUGUCUCUUCGGCGCUCUCGAUUGGGUGUUAUUUGCCCUCCCGGAUGUCUAGCACGAGUUGUGCUCGCGGGCUUUCGGGCGGUUGCCGGCUCGUUACGCUUCAUCUUGGACCCCGAAAUUUUCGUCUGUGGCCAAGCUAAUCAAUCUGUGUAGCAUCACUCAGCUUUCACCGAUGGACGUCUAUCGCGUCUCAUGUCCAAUUGAGAAGGGCAUUCGCCUCGCGUCACCAGCCAGCGACUGCCGGUGUCUACACGACGGACCCAAGCUGCUCUCGGCCAGUCACCUUAUCUCAUGUUGCUGCAGUACUACAUGUUAGACAUUACGUCCGGUAAUCCAUGAUUGCCACUCGAAUAGGACGCUAGCAACCUCCGCAUGCAUAUUGCCUUGCAUGGACUGGGUCCUCCAUUCAGCUGAUCCCCAUCUCCACUCAACGGCUGGCGUUUCCCGUGGCCGGCCCAAUGUUGACUAACUAGGUGCUGCACGCUGACAGGCAUGCCGCACUCUGAUAACAGGAUGGCGUGAAGUUUAUGCGGAACCUAGCCCGCAUCGCAUAUCAAGGCAAUCACCUGGACCCC